AUGCCAUCACCGAUUAUUACGCCACCCAAAUUUAAUAUUGUCCAGAAACCUCAAUCACAGCCAAACAAGAAAGGGCCGUUAGCUACAGCAAAACCAAAACCAAAAACAACUCCGGUGCCAAACCCGUUAUUAAAGCAGAAAAAUGUAGCCUCUCAGAUUUCCACUGCCAAUGUGUUUAAACAAACUCAUUUCUGGCAGAAAUGGGACAGCAUUAUUGUUGAACUAACUAUGAUACCCCACGAUGAAACAACUUUCAAUCUGUGGAGAAACUUUGAGAAGUUCGGCUAUAUCUCAUACUUGGAAAUCUUCGAGACCGUGGGAAAGAGGCCUCGAAGAGGGAAGAUUAGGUUUUCCCCUCCUCCAGCCAAACCGUUCUGGCCUAUCCAAGCCAAACGGUGUCUGAUUGACUGCACUUCUGAAGAUGAAUUGCGACGCUAUCAAAUUGAAGUUGAACCUAAGUUGAGAGACCCUUUUAAGAUACAAAGUCCAAUUAACAAAGAUCUCUCUUACGAUCCUAUUAUGAGACUCAAUGCACACAGUCUGCAUUUUGGAAUUAUGAUUAAGCCCGGAUUUGUGAUGAGUCUUGCCACAGUAAAAGAUGAUCUGACUCUCACGCUUGAUCUUCGUAGACGUCAGAUCACAGUUAACUUUAGUCUAAAAUUUCGAGACCCACGACAUGAUGGAAAGCCAUUAGUCUCCAUAACCAAAGUAGGAACAUAUGAUCGUAUAAACAAAUAUAUGUUUCGUAUCCCUUUUGGUCAAUUGAAAACUAUCCAGAGAUCAAAAUAUGACUCCUUAUCAGACUUACUCCUCAUAAGUCUCGACUGCCCGCCACAAUUUUUUCGUAAGAGGGAGGACAAGAGAAUGGGUCACUUUUCGGACAACUUAAGGUGGGAUGAAUUCGACACAUGGUUUCGGCAAACAGAUAUUAUGUAUGACCCAUACCCUUUGCACAAGCAAAAAAUUGCUCUCCACAAAGACACUCCGGAUAUCGACAUUGGACGCUGGACAACAUAUGUAUUCCGAGCUGAAAAACCAAGCGAACGCAUGAAGCAGGCCCUAAGUGACUUCAAUAUCGGUAUUACUGAUAUCGAAAGCCUGGGCUAUAUAGAGCCACGCAAGGCCGACUUGUGGUCCAUCAUCGAUUCGCCAAACUACUCAAUCAGCUCUCUAGAUUUAAGCACUCUCAAUGAAGGGAGUAAUGGUAUCGUAUAUUUACCGUUCGAGGUCCGCUAUCAACUAGAGGUUUGUAUUUCAAGGGAAAUUCUCAACGAGCACAAUAUCACCAGAAAAUUCAUACAAACCCUCGCUAAACUGGCUUCAGAAAAUCUACUCAAAGCACGGAGUAUCCUCGAGUACGUUGCCUCAAAUGAUGAGCGUGUCUAUGAUCCUAUGUCAAUAUUCGCGGAUCGUGAGGCUAUGGCAUUCACUGCAGAGACAGAAAUUCCUCACUAUUGUGCUUUUGUCAGAAAGGCCACGAUUACUCCCACUACUAUUUACUUCAGCUCUCCAACCGUAGAGACUACCAACAGAGUGCUACGUCACUAUUCUCGGGAAAAUACAGAUGGUCGCUUUCUGAGGGUUCAAUUUACAGACGAAUUAUCUCAUGGACGAAUUAAUCCUUGUGCUGACAAGUCCAAAGAUGAUGAACUAUUUACUCGCGUCUACCGCACUUUAUAUAACGGUAUUCAGAUUGGCGAUAGAACGUUUGAAUUCCUCGCUUUUGGCGGAUCUCAGUUUCGCGAGAACGGGGCCUACUUUUUCUGUCCAACCGAACAUUUGUCUUGCAACGAUAUCCGACAAUGGAUGGGGAACUUUUCUCAUAUUCCAGUUGUAGCAAAAUAUGCUGCUCGUCUCGGGCAAUGUUUCUCUACCACGAGGGCGAUUAACGGACUUUCAAAACCAGAUAUUGUCCUCGUACCAGAUAUUGAAAGAGAAUAUCAAGAUGGCACCGAAACUACAACUUACUGUUUCACCGAUGGUGUCGGGAAAAUCAGUCCCUUUCUAGCUCAAAUGAUUAUGGUAGAAUUAGGUUUACGCACAAAAACUCCACCUUCUGCAUUUCAAUUUCGUUUAGGAGGCUGUAAAGGUAUCCUAGUCGUGUGGCCGGACGCCAAGGAUAAGGAAGUUCAUAUCCGUAAGAGUCAGCAGAAGUUUACUGCCGUUUAUAACGGUCUUGAAAUCAUAAGAUGCUCAAGAUUUUCUAUUGCAACGUUAAAUCGACAGACUAUCACCAUUCUAUCCGCUCUGGGAGUUAAAGAUGAUAUUUUCUUGCAAAUGCUUUCGGAUCAACUUGAAGGCUAUCAAAACGCUAUGAAUGAUGAUGAGCUCGCUGUGAAUCUUCUGUUACGGUACAUCGAUGACAAUCACAUGACAAUAAAUCUUGCGGCAAUGAUUCGAAAUGGCUUCAUGGCUCAAAAAGAUCCUUUUGUGCUCUCUUUACUACAUCUUUGGCGAGCCUGGUCUAUUAAACUCCUGAAAGAAAAGGCUAGAAUCGUCGUAGAAAAUGGAGCAUUCUUGUUUGGAUGCGUUGAUGAGACUGGUACUUUGAAGGGAUAUACUAAGCCCACUACCCCAAAUGGGCAAACUCCAGACGAAAAUGACCUUCCCGAAAUAUUUAUACAAAUAACUGAUAAGAACGAACCAGAUCAGUUCAAAGUUAUCGUUGGAGUUUGUCUGAUUGGGCGUAACCCAUCACUACAUCCUGGUGAUCUUCGAGUUGUAAGAGCCGUUGACGUUCCUCAACUACGUCACCUUCGAGAUGUUGUCGUAUUUCCAUCUACCGGUGAACGUGAUAUUGCGAGCAUGUGUUCUGGUGGGGAUUUAGAUGGAGAUGAUUACUUUGUUAUUUGGGAUGAAAAAUUAAAGCCAAAGGAGUGGAAUGUAGAGCCUAUGAACUACUCUGCGCCAGAACCCAAGAGACUAAAUCGACCCGUCCAAAUCACUGACUUGAUGAAAUUUUUCGUUCGUUACAUGAAGAAUGAUGCAUUGCGCACUAUAGCCCCAGCACAUCUUGCAAACUCUGAUUAUCUUAACGACAGUGUGAAAGAUCCUAUAUGUUUAGAAUUAGCUGCCCUACACUCCAAGGCUGUCGACUAUGUAAAGAGCGGCGAAGCAGCGCAGAUGCUUCCUCGUCUUCGGCCCAAAAAGUGGCCUCAUUUUAUGGAAAGGACUCACAAACCUAAAGAAUUCCAGUAUCACUCAAAAAAGAUUCUCGGUAAGCUUUAUGAUAGUGUCGAAAAAGUCAAUUUUGUUCCUCAGUGGAAGACAUCAUUUGACCAGCGAAUCCUACGGCGCUAUGAUUUGAGUACCGAAAUUUUGAAGGCCGCUAAGGAUGUUAAAUCUCAGUAUGAUCUUGGUAUGCGGAAAAUUAUGAACCAGCAAGACAUAGGUACUGAAUUUGAAAUCUGGUCAACAUUUGUGCUUUCGAAACCUCGUGUAGGUAGUGACUACAAGCUACAAGAGGUAAUUGCAGCGCUAUCAGACUCUUUAAAAGACCAAUUCAGAGCGGUCUGUAUUGAAAAGGCUGGGGGUAAGGACUUCGAUAUUUUGGGUCCAUUUGUGGCCGCUAUGUACCAGGUGACAAAAGACGAGCUCGACGUUGCCUUGGAAGAAUGUCAAUCAACUCGCAUUGUAGGAGAUAGAGAAGUUCCUCUUCGAAGAAUGGAGCCGAUGCAGAUGCCAUUGAUCAGUUUUCCGUGGCUUUUCGAGAAAGAAUUGGGUCGCAUCGCCACUGGUAUCGGUAACUUAGACAACUUAGAACAUCACGGCCUUGACCUACUUGUCAUACGUGAGCCAGGUCAACGAAAGAGAGAUGGAACUAAACAUAUCAACAGUUUCGAAGAAGAUAUAGUUCUGAACGAAAAGGGAGAUGUUGUCCAUCGCGGUGAAAUUCUUGAUCUAUUCCAACAGAAUGACUCGGAAGAAUUUGAAGGGCCCAAUCAAAAUGAACUAGAGGAAGAAGAAGAUUUUUUGGCUAGCAAUUUGCCGAUACAAGGAGUCUCAGACUUUACAGAGUCCGAAUUGAAUAAGAAUCACUUGCUCGGUGAUACUGGAGUGGAGGAUGUGGUUCCCCAAACAGCUCUUGAUGGACUUAUUCUACAAGAUCCUCCGGGUCCGCUUCAUAAUCUUGAAUCGCAGAAAUUACAAUCUUUCACCGACCAUGAAGGCCCUAAAGACUUCAACGACAAACCUCACUCCUCAUCUUUAUCGGAUGGCCUAUCAGUUGUCAGUUCUCCAGCUUCAGAUAUUACAAGCCCAAGUUGCGAAGAAACAAACGAAGAUGCCAUACAAUCUGAACUUAAAUCACCUAGGAUUAAUGAUGAUGACAACACAAAUAAAGAAGAGAUCCUAACUAGACCCUCAAAUACAACUGCUGUUGAUCGACUUAUGAAUAUGUUUGGCGACAGUGAAAGCGAAUCUGAAUCUGACAAAGAUGUCGACGCAGAGUCUAAAUAA